AUGCUGCCGCGUCAACCCUGGGAGGUGCGGGAGGAUGGGCACGUGCUGGUGGAUUUCAUUUACGAGCCGCCUCAGCACGGCACAGAGCACACCCUGCAGAUCUUUUCAAGUGAAGGAGGCACAUACGCACGUCUAAGGGAGGAUGGGCACGUGCUGGUGGAUUUCAUCUAUGAGCUCCACAGCACGGCACAGAGCACACCCUGCAGAUCUUCCCGAAUGAAGGUGGGAGCAGGCCUGUGCAACUCACUCCUCCACUCUCUCACUCACUGGGUCCCUCACUCCCUCGCUCCUGCUUUUACUCCCCCACUCGCUCCCUCACUCGCUCCCUCACUCGCUCCCUCGCUCCCUGCAGCGGAGGAGAGGGCAGUGGCGGCGAUAGCAGCGGGGUUGGGCAUGCGCUCGGAGGAGAGGGCAGUGGAGGCGAUAGCAGCGGGGUUGGGCAUGCGCUGUGUGUGCUUCAUCAUGACUCAAACCCACGCCCCUGCCUCUCUCUUUUCCUCCCUCCCUUGCUCCCUCUUUCACCCCUCUCUGACACUCCCUCCAGCUGAAGAGAGGGCAGUGGCGGCGAUAGCAGCGGGGUUGGGCAUGCGCUGUGUGGGCUUCAUCGUGACUCAAACCCUCGCAGAGGAUCAACAGGCACAGGAGCACUCCUUCACUCUAUCUGCUUCCGACCUCCUGCUUUCAGCUAGGCUUCAUUGCGCCACUGCUAGGGAUAGCAGCGGGGGAAAGGGGGGCGGGGAGGGGGAGGCGAGUGCUGGGGGGACAGCGGAUGCUGGUGCGCAGGCAGGGGGGAGGGGGAACGGGGAUGGGGCGGCAGGAGGGGAAGGAGGAGAGAAGAAAGGAGAGGAGGAGGGAGGGGAGCCGUUUAAGUACUUCGCGAUCGUGCUGGUGAAACUUUUAGUGGAUGAGGAGGGGGAUGGGGGCGGGGACGUGCAUUUUGAGGCCUUUCAACUAAGCGAUCAGUGCCUGAAGCUGUACCGGGAAGGAUGGGACACAAAGGAGGUGGAUAACGACUUCUUCCUCAUGCCGAUUAAGAUUGUUGACCACCAGGGCCCUCUCACAACAUCCUUCCCAGUGGAGAACAGGGUGAUUCUUCCCACUCAGAACGACCUGAAGCAGCAUUUGGAUCGCACCCGCUCCAAGCCAUGGGCCGACCGCCUUGCAGACUUUCACCUGCUGCUCUACCUCAGCAACUUCCUGGAUGCUUCCACGGACAUGCCUAUGUUGGCCCAGGCAGUUCGCACUAAGGAGCCCAUUAGUGAGGGACACCAGUUGAUUAUCGAGCAUUUGGCUUAA